AUGACGUCCAGUCUCUGUUUGCUGAUGCUGUCCCUGGUGCUACAGGCUGUUCCAUACGGGAAUGGUCUCAUAGGAACCAAGGUCGAGUGCGGCUCCAAUCAAGAAUGCCCAAAUUUCGAAUACUGCUUCUUUGCUGAGCCGGGCGCGAAAGGCAUGUGCCUGGGCCUGGACUGCUAUAAGCAGGAUGAUUGCAAAGAAGGAAGCUUCUGUGACUUUGCAGAAUCCGUCGGUGUUAGAACGCCCAGAGGGGCAUGCGCAAAAGGAUCCAAGCCUCCAGAGAGCGUCCUCUGCAAUCGCGACUCGAUGUGCGAGACGUCGUACUUCUGCGACAUGACAGCCGGACCGGACGGAAACGGGAUGUGCCGAAAACGGCAACAUCGACAGUUACACGGAGGGAUCACGGUGUGCUACAAGGACAUCGACUGUCCCGGCGGGAGGUACUGUGACAAACACGACCCUGAGCUGGAGCUCGGCAUCUGUCGGGACCCUCCGCCGUACGUCGUCCCAUCGGAACCUCAGGAGCCUGUAAAGCCUGACCGAGGCCAACCUGCACCGGAUGGCCAGUACACGGGCAUCCCGUGUAAACAAGACCCGGACUGUGGAGUGAACAGCUACUGUGUCCUGAGGAUGGAACCAGACGGCAGGACUGUAGGAGAAUGUGUUCGGGGCAGCAGACGGGGAGAGCCGGUCUACUGUUAUGACGACCCCAUGUGCGGAGCUGGCUUCAGGUGCAAACUCUCCCCUAACGGUGUGUACGGGAUCUGUAUUGAAGACGGCAAGGCACAGCCAGACGGAGGAAACAUGUUCUGCUACGCCGACUCCGACUGUGACCCAGGAGUGAAGUGUGAGAUGACGGAGAAGGGCGGCAUGUGCGCAGGCGCCGGAGGAACCAAUGAGAUCACGCCGGACCAGACGCCUGACAAGCCCAACUUCUGCUACUCAAACGAUGACUGUGCGGCCGAACGUUACUGUGACGGGGCAGAGUACGGCUACGGCACCUGUAGACUCGGCCCCCGCGGUCCUGUAGCCGUGCCGGUAAAACACACGUAG